GGCAGCAGAGCGGCUCUUAGGACGCUGAGCCCGGGCAGCCCAGGGCUCCGGGCUCCUUGAGCCAGCGGCUCCAGAGGUGGGCGAGCGGCAGGCGCGGCCGAGGCGGCGGAGCGGGCUGGCCGUGUAGACCCGGGGUCCCCGGGCUGGGCGAAAACGCCGGGGGGCCGAGGCGGCGCCGAAACCCCGGAACCUGGAGCUGCCGGCCGAGCUCUUCCCGUGCGGCUCGCGCGGAGCUCCAGUCGGGGCACGGCGGAGAGCAGGACCCGGUAGUCUCCUCCACCGGAUCGCCCGCAAGAGGCUCCGCGCCCCGGGCGCUGGCUAGAACCCGGGCCGCCCAGCCGGUUACCCGAGCCGGGCAUUCAUCGCUGCCCGCAGCUGGCGCAGACAUGGGCGCACGGGGCUGCGCGUCGGGCCGCAGGUCCCGCAAAGUUUGCUAGCCGGAGGGGCGCAGAGCUGAGUGUGAGCUCGGUACCGAAGCCCCCGGGAGGAUACCCUGAAGUCUCCUAAUUGGGCGCGAGAACCGCGGAGCUGAGAAGGGUGGCUCGGCCCUACCAGGUGCCGCCUGCAAAGUUAGAAGAGAAGAAAACUUCGGUUCCAGGGAGACUCGGACCGUUAUGCUAACCGCACCCCCUGAAACCUGUGCCCCCUCUGAAAGACACCCGGCACCCGCGCCUGCAGCUGUGCUCGGCUGGCAUCCAGUCCCGGGGGCCGGGCGCCUGGAACCACGGUGACUACGUCGACCCGGGAGAACCCAACCAGGGGGCGGGGAGGGGAGGGAGGCGGGCAACGUGGCCAUCAGGAGGAAGUUUCCUGAAGUUGUCCUCUCAUUUGGGAGCCUGGUCAGCAACCAGGCCCGAUCGCAGGGGUCGCUCUGCCUGCGAGAAGUAGUCGAAGUCGAGUGCUAAGGGAUAUAGGAACCCCGAGUUUGAAAGGAGACUUGGUCUCUUUCUGCUCUCCCCACGCCUUGCGGAGCAGCCAGCCCAGAAAGAGGAAGAAGCAUUUGGGGUCGCCGGCGCGGCCCCUCCGGGCAUAGCGUCCCGGACUCGGCCACACAGUCUCCCGGGACCAAGGCGCGAGGUACCGGGACCCCACAGGAUUAUAAAGCAAGUCGCGAAGAGGGUGCACCUUAGAGGACCCCUCUGCAGGAUGACCAGCAUGUGGAGGCUGCCGAUCUGGACUCUACUGGCCCUGCAUAGGAUCCAUUCGGCCGGAGCCCAAGAUGACGUUCCGCCGUACUUCAAGACAGAGCCGGUGCGCACACAAGUGCAUCUGGAGGGGAACCGGCUGGUGCUCACGUGCAUGGCCGAGGGCAGCUGGCCGCUGGAGUUCAAGUGGCUGCACAACAACCGGGAGCUGACCAGGUUCUCGCUGGAGUACAGGUACAUGAUCACCAGCCUGGACCGCACCCACGCUGGCUUCUACCGCUGCAUCGUGCGUAACCGGAUGGGUGCUCUGCUACAGCGGCAGACGGAGGUCCAAGUGGCCUACAUGGGGAGCUUUGAGGAAGGCGAGAAGCACCAGAGCGUAUCCCACGGAGAAGCUGCCGUCAUCCGAGCACCCCGCAUCUCUAGUUUCCCCAGGCCACAGGUGACCUGGUUCCGUGAUGGCCGCAAGAUCCCGCCCAGCAGCCGCAUAGCCAUCACGCUGGAGAACACCCUGGUCAUCCUGUCCACGGUGGCUCCCGAUGCUGGCCGCUACUACGUGCAGGCAGUUAACGACAAGAACGGAGACAACAAGACGAGCCAGCCCAUCACUCUUGCUGUGGAGAAUGUCGGGGGACCUGCUGACCCCAUCGCGCCAACCAUCAUCAUCCCACCCAAGAACACUAGUGUUGUGGCCGGAACCUCGGAGGUGACCAUGGAGUGUGUGGCAAAUGCCAGGCCUCUGAUCAAGCUGCACAUCGUCUGGAAGAAAGACGGGGCCCUGCUCUCCAAUGGUAUCAGUGAUUACAACCGCAGGCUCACCAUCACCAACCCCACUGUCAGCGACGCGGGCUACUACCAGUGCGAGGCUGUGCUGCGCAGUAGCAGUGUGGCCCCCGUCACCAGGGGAGCCUACCUCUCGGUGCUGGAGCCCCCUCAGUUUGUCAAAGAGCCCGAGAGACACAUCACAGCAGAGAUGGAGAAGGUGGUGGACAUCCCCUGUCGAGCCAAAGGGGUGCCACCUCCCUCUAUCACCUGGUACAAGGACGCUGCAUUGGUGGAGGUGGAGAAGUUGGCCCGCUUCAAGCAGCGCAGCGAUGGCAGCCUGCAGAUCAGCGGCCUGCUGCCCGAUGACACCGGCAUGCUCCAGUGCUUCUCCCACAAUGCCGCUGGAGAGGCGCAGACCUCCACCUACCUGGCCGUCACCAGCAUUGCCCCUAAUAUCACCAGGGGCCCCCUUGACAGUACGGUGAUUGACGGAAUGUCGGUGGUCCUGGCGUGUGAGACCUCAGGGGCACCACGACCUGCUAUCACUUGGCAGAAAGGGGAACGCAUCUUAGCCAGCGGCUCUGUUCAGCUGCCUCGCUUCACCCUGCUGGAGUCUGGAAGCCUGCUCAUUAGCCCAACCCACAUCUCUGACGCCGGUACCUACACCUGUUUGGCCACCAACUCUCGGGGAGUUGACGAGGCCUCGGCAGACCUGGUCGUAUGGGCCCGGACCCGCAUCACCAAGCCCCCCCAGGACCAGAGUGUCAUCAAGGGCACCCAGGCCUCCAUGGUGUGCGGAGUGACCCACGAUCCUAGAGUGACUGUCAGAUACGUGUGGGAGAAGGAUGGGGCCACCCUGGCUGUGGAGACCAACCCCCGGAUCCGGCUGGACAGAAAUGGCUCCCUACACAUCUCGCAGACAUGGUCAGGGGACAUUGGCACAUACACCUGCCGGGUACUCUCAGCUGGUGGCAAUGAUUCUCGAAAUGCCCACCUGCGCGUCAGGCAGCUUCCCCACGCCCCUGAGCACCCCGUGGCAACACUCAGCGCUGUGGAGAGGCGCGCCAUCAACCUGACCUGGGCCAAACCCUUCGAUGGCAACAGCCCCUUGAUGCGCUACAUCCUGGAGAUGUCGGAAAACAAUGCUCCAUGGACCAUUCUCCUUGCCAGUGUGGACCCAGAAGCUACCUCAGUGAUGGUCAAGGGACUGGUUCCCGCUCGUUCUUACCAGUUCCGCCUCUGUGCUGUCAACGACGUGGGCAAAGGACAGUUCAGCAAGGACACAGAAAGGGUUUCCCUCCCCGAAGAGCCCCCCACAGCCCCUCCACAGAACGUUAUUGCCAGCGGCCGGACCAACCAGUCCAUCAUGAUCCAGUGGCAACCGCCUCCUGAGAGCCACCAGAAUGGGAUCCUCAAGGGUUACAUCAUCAGAUACUGCUUGGCUGGGCUACCUGUUGGGUACCAGUUUAAGAACAUCACAGAUGCUGACGUCAACAACCUGUUGCUGGAGGACCUCAUCAUCUGGACCAAUUAUGAGAUCGAGGUGGCCGCCUACAACAGCGCUGGGCUGGGCGUCUACAGCAGCAAAGUCACCGAGUGGACACUGCAGGGAGUUCCCACGGUGCCCCCAGGAAACGUGCAUGCAGAAGCCACCAAUUCCACGACCAUCCGCUUCACCUGGAAUGCCCCCAGUCCCCAAUUCAUCAAUGGUAUCAACCAGGGCUACAAGCUGAUUGCCUGGGAGCCAACCCAAGAAGAGGAGGUUACCAUGGUGACUGCCAGGCCCAACUUUCAAGACAGCAUCCAUGUGGGCUUCGUGUCCGGUCUGAAAAAAUUCACAGAGUACUUCACCUCAGUGCUGUGCUUCACCACGCCUGGAGAUGGGCCCCGAAGCAGCCCCCAGCUGGUGCGCACCCAUGAGGAUGUGCCUGGGCCAGUGGGACACCUGAGCUUCAAUGACAUCCUGGACACCUCGCUGAAGGUCAGCUGGCAGGAGCCUGGGGAGAAGAACGGCAUACUGACAGGGUACCGGAUCUCCUGGGAAGAGUACAAUAGAACCAAUACCCGUGUGACCCACUACCUGCCCAACGUAACCCUAGAGUACAGAGUCACAGGCCUCACGGCACUCACCACCUACACUAUCGAGGUGGCCGCUAUGACCUCCAAGGGCCAGGGCCAGGUGUCAGCCUCCACCAUCUCAUCUGGUGUGCCUCCAGAGCUCCCGGGGGCACCCACCAACCUGGGCAUUUCCAACAUCGGUCCACGAUCCGUAACUUUGCAGUUCAGGCCUGGCUACGACGGGAAGACAUCCAUCUCCCGCUGGGUAGUGGAAGCUCAGGUGGGCGUGAUCGGGGAGGGAGAGGAAUGGUUGCUGAUCUACCAACUCAGCAACGAGCCUGAUGCACGCUCCAUGGAGGUCCCGGACCUUAACCCCUUCACCUACUACAGCUUCCGCAUGCGCCAAGUGAAUAUUGUCGGCACCAGCCCGCCCAGUCAACCUUCCAGGAAGAUCCAGACCCUCCAGGCUCCCCCAGACAUGGCCCCGGCCAAUGUGACUCUACGCACAGCCAGUGAGACCAGCUUGUGGCUCCGAUGGAUGCCCCUCCCAGAAAUGGAGUACAAUGGCAACCCUGAGUCAGUGGGCUACAAGAUCAAGUACAGCCGGUCCGACGGCCACGGCAAGACACUGAGCCACAUGGUACAAGAUCGAGUGGAGCGGGAAUACACCAUUGAGGACCUGGAGGAGUGGACGGAGUACCGCGUCCAAGUCCAGGCCUUCAAUGCCAUCGGGAGUGGGCCCUGGAGCCAGGCGGUGGUGGGCAGAACCAGGGAGUCAGUCCCAUCCUCUGGCCCCACGAACGUGUCAGCACUGGCCACCACCUCUAGCAGCAUGCUGGUUCGCUGGAGCGAGGUCCCGGAGGCAGAUCGCAACGGCCUUGUCCUGGGCUACAAGGUGAGGUACAAGGAGAAGGACUCGGACUCCCAGCCCCGGUUCUGGCUGGUAGAAGGCAACUCGUCUCGCAGUGCUCAGCUCACAGGCCUGGGCAAGUAUGUGCUCUACGAGGUUCAGGUUCUGGCCUUCACACGCAUCGGUGACGGCAGCCCUAGCCACCCUCCCAUCCUGGAGCGGACACUAGAUGACGUCCCAGGCCCACCCAUGGGCAUCCUGUUUCCGGAGGUGAGAACCACGUCCGUGCGGCUCAUCUGGCAGCCCCCCGCGGCCCCCAAUGGGAUCAUCCUGGCCUACCAGAUCACACACCGGCUCAAUGCCACUACAGCCAACACUGCCACCGUGGAGGUCCUGGCACCCAGUGCCCGCCAGUACAUGGCCACCGGCCUCAAGCCAGAGUCUGUCUACCUGUUCCGCAUCACAGCCCAGACCCGGAAAGGCUGGGGAGAGGCUGCUGAAGCUUUGGUGGUGACCACAGAGAAGAGAGACCGCCCGCAGCCCCCUAGCAAGCCCGUGGUGCAGCAGGAAGACGUGAAGGCUCGCAGCGUUCUGCUGUCCUGGGAGCCAGGCAGCGAUGGGCUCUCCCCAGUCCGCUACUACACCAUCCAGACGCGUGAACUGCCCAGCGGCCGGUGGGCCCUGCACUCGGCAUCUGUGAGCCACAAUGCCUCUGCCUUCACUGUGGACAGACUCAAGCCCUUCACAUCCUACAAGUUCCGAGUGAAAGCAACCAACGACAUCGGGGACAGCGAGUUCAGUGAGGAGUCAGAGUCGCUGACCACCCUGCAGGCCGCCCCCGAUGAGGCACCCACCAUCCUGUCGGUGACACCCCACACCACCACCUCUGUGCUAAUCCGAUGGCAGCCUCCAGCUGAGGACAAGAUCAAUGGCAUUCUCCUGGGCUUUCGAAUCCGGUAUCGGGAGCUGCUCUAUGACGGGCUGAGGGGCUUCACUCUUCGAGGCAUCCACAACCCCGGGGCCAAGUGGGCUGAGCUCACCUCCUUGUACUCCAUGCGGAACCUGACCCGGCCCAGCCUCACGCAGUACGAGCUGGACAAUCUGAGCAAACACAAGCGUUAUGAGAUCCGGAUGAGCGUGUACAACGCCGUGGGAGAGGGACCCUUGAGCCCACCACAAGAGGUCUUUGUCGGGGAGGCAGUGCCCACAGCAGCACCCCAGAACGUGGCCAUUCACAGUGCUACAGCCACACAGCUAGAUGUGACCUGGGAGCCACCCCCACUGGACAGCCAGAAUGGAGACAUCCAAGGGUACAAGAUUUAUUUUUGGGAAGUCCAGCAGAGGAACCUCACCGAGAGGGUGAAGACGCUUUUCCUGGCUGAGAACAGUGUGAAGCUCAAGAACCUGACAGGCUACACAGCCUACAUGGUCAGCGUAGCAGCCUUCAAUGCUGCGGGGGAUGGGCCGCGGAGCACCCCCACCCGAGGCCAGACUCAGCAAGCAGCCCCCAGCGCCCCAGGCUCGGUCAAGUUCAGCGAGCUGACCACGACCUCAGUGAAUGUGUCCUGGGAAGCCCCUGAGUUCCCCAACGGUCCUCUGGAGGGCUACAGGCUGGUGUAUGAGCCCUGCACCCCCGUGGAUGGGGUCAGCAAGAUUGUGACAGUGGACGUGAAGGGGAACAGCCCACUGUGGCUGAAGGUGAAGGACCUGGCGGAGGGCAUGACCUACCGUUUCCGCAUCAAAGCCAAGACCUUCACCUAUGGGCCUGAGAUAGAAGCCAACAUCACCACGGGCCCUGGAGAAGGUGCCCCGGGACCACCAGGAGUGCCAAUCAUCGUUCGGUACAGCUCAGCCAUUGCCAUCCACUGGUCCAGCGGAGACCCUGGCAAAGGACCCAUCACACGCUAUGUAAUAGAGGCCAGGCCGUCAGAUGAGGGGCUCUGGGACAUCCUCAUCAAGGACAUCCCCAAGGAGGUAACUUCCUACACCUUCAGCAUGGACAUCCUGAAGCCAGGCGUGAGCUAUGACUUCCGGGUCAUCGCGGUCAAUGACUAUGGCUUUGGCACCCCCAGCAGCCCCUCUCAGUCUGUGCCAGCCCAGAAAGCCAGCCCCUUCUAUGAGGAAUGGUGGUUCUUGGUGGUCAUAGCCCUAGUGGGCCUCAUCUUCAUCCUGCUUCUGGUCUUCGUACUCAUCAUCCGAGGUCAGAGCAAGAAGUACUCCAAGAAGACAGACUCAGGAGGCAAUACCAAGUCAGGAGCCCUUGGCCAUGGGGAGAUGCUGAGCUUGGAUGAAAGCAGUUUUCCCGCUCUGGAGCUCAACAACCGGCGGCUGUCCGUAAAGAACUCUUUCUGCAGGAAGAAUGGCUUGUAUACCAGGUCCCCUCCCAGGCCCAGUCCAGGCAGCUUACACUAUUCUGAUGAAGAUGUCACCAAGUACAAUGACCUCAUCCCAGCCGAGAGCAGCAGCCUGACAGAGAAACCCUCAGAAAUCUCCGACUCCCAGGGUAGCGACAGCGAGUACGAAGUGGACACGAACCCCCAGAAAGCCCACUCCUUCGUCAACCAUUACAUCAGUGACCCCACCUAUUACAACUCGUGGCGACGCCAACAGAAAGGCAUCUCCCGGGCCCAGGCCUACAGCUACACAGAGAGUGAUUCUGGCGAACCUGACCAUGUCACUGUCCCCAAUAGCAACAGCACCCAGCAGGGCAGCCUUUUCCGGCCCAAGGCCAGCCGGACUCCAACGCCCCAAAAUCCCCCAAACCCCCCAAGUCAGCAGAGCACCCUCUACCGUCCCCCCAGCAGCCUCGCCCCUGGUUCCCGGGCACCCAUAGCCGGGUUCUCAUCCUUCGUUUGACAUCAGAAGAGGAAAUAGGAUGAAAGAAACAACACCAAAAUCCUCCUUUGCCACUUCUCAAAAUGCCUGCCAGAAAACACACAAGAAACUCCCACCAAGACAUCGGAUCAACUUUUCACCUCUCGAGUUUAUUUUUCCAGAGAUUCCAGGGCCAGCAAAGCCGGUGUGGAGGAGGCGGGGGAAGAAACCCUUGGGACUUGGACGUGUGUGACCUGAAGCAGCUUCACAUCCUUGGGGUCCAUUGUGCAGUGUGGAGGGCUGGAGACCAGUCACUUCUACCGAGGACAGAUGGGCUUGGGACUCUGGAGAGAAGGGGCUAUAAGGCAGGUGGGGCUGAGAGAUGGAGAUUCAGCCAACUUUACCCUUCCCAGUGGGCUAGAUCUUGUUAUCCUUGCUCCUUUGCAGAAAGGAUGGGUGUCCCCAGAGGUGAAGCCUGCCUGUUGUCUCCAGCUCUCCCUGACAGGUGUCUCAUGCCUGGCCAGCCUUCUACCCGGCCUCAACACCCUCCAAGGGCUCACAGCCUUUGUUCAACUUCUCCACCAAGCAUUUGGUUUAUUUGGGGAGGGGGAAGAAAAAGCAAGGGGUAAGAAUCCACUUAGCAACUUCCUCAUUCCUGGAGAUAAAAAAAAAAAAGCAAUUUAAAAAAAUUGUGAAUUCAAGGAAAGAGGGCCUGAGGGCUGGGAGAGAAUCCUUACACAGCUGCAUAACUGAGCCCUGCCUCCUGUCCUUUGGAUUCACUUCCCUGAAUGCCGAUAAGGAGAGGUGACAACUGGGAAUGUCCCCUAAGGUGCUGGCUCCACACUAGGGCAAGCGUUAGGGAGGCGUCCUGCAGGAAGUCAGAGGUGCAAGGAUGAAGCCUUGACUGUUUUCUUCCUGUCCACCAGCCUAACACAGAGAAAGGGAAUGGGGUCAGGGUGUGGGGGCUUAGGAUAGGAAGCUCAGCUCAGCCCCCCAAGCUGCGUAGGAAGGUUGUACGCUCAGAUAUACCAUCCCACACCCUCUGAAUGUACACCUUCCUGCUAACCACGCACCUGCCCCCAUGAGCCUGUAAGGAAAAGGGUCCAGGAAUCCUUCCCAAGAGGAUACCCUGGGACUUCUUCGCCCAGCAUUUUCACUUCAAGAUCUGUGCACCCCGUGUCUCCUCCCACAACACACAGGUGCCCAAAGGGUGGCCAGUCCCAGGUCCUGAGGCUUUACAAAGAAUCAAAGAUCACUUGAACCCCUUCUAACAUCUCCCAGGCUAGGUUCAGAGAAGCCAGAGCUGGGAUGGACCCACGAGGGGCCAGACAAGAAGCUCUGACCGAACUGGACAUGGCAGUUGAGAUGUCUGCUGGUCAGCCAGGAGAGGCGGGUCAGAUAGGAUCGAGGGACAAGAAGAGCUGAGAGGAGGGAACGCUGUUACUCCCUGGAAUGUUCUGGAAAAAAGCCACGGGGUGGGGGUGCUGAACUUCACAUCAGCUUUAAGCGUCUAAAGCAAGGGUUUGGGGAGGAGGUUUUCUGAUGUCCUGAGCUGGCUGAGGUCCUUGGGGACACUAACCAGCCCCUUGACUGAGGCUCAGCCUACUGCUGGGAAUGCAUGACUACCUCCUUCAGAGGCUCCAGUGGGGCCUGUCCAGUUCAAUAAAGGACCAGCUUUGCUGGGAGUACACACUGAAGUUACCGCUGGCCCUAUCAAGAGGCCCAAGUGGGGAGCCUAUGGCUCUCCUCAGGAAUCCCUAAUUAGUCACUGCUAGUUCUCACUGGUCAGGGAGAUGUGAGUCAGAGGCCUUUGUAAAGGACACAGGCUACUGGGGGGGGGGGGGCUCCUCCCUACACACCUGCCCCCUGGGAUAGGUGACCCAGGAAAUGUCAGAAGCCAAGUCAACAGGCUGGUGACCCAACUGCUGUUUGUGAACAAUGGCUUUUCGCAGUGACCUCUCCUAAGCAGGUCCUAAAGGUCCUAAGCCAGGAAGUACAGCCUUGUUCCCCAAAAGACAACAAAGGGCCAGAGGCCUUGCCCCCCUGGGGAGUCAGGUUCCAAGGGCUACCUUGGACUUUGUCAGUCAGCUGGACCCCCACCCCUUCAGCAUCUGGCAUCUCCAGAGCCACACACAUGCAGACGCUGCCCGAGCUCGCACUGCCAUGCUUACUUUUCGUCCUUCAUGACUGUUUCAAACAGCUUCAUCUUUUUCCCCCCUGUCUUUAGAGGCUUUAACCAUUGAAGGGUGUUCCCAGUUUACAUUAGGGAAUUAUUAGCCUAGCCCAGCCCAGUGAGGGAGCGUUAUAGAGGAAGCAGGAAUUGGUUUGUUUUUUUUUUUUUUUUACUUUUUUGUUUCUUUAAAAAAAAAAAGUGUG